UAGGUUGUUAAUAAAGCAGCUAAAAUGCAUUUUGCGAUGGAAAACACUAAUUAAAUGUGUCGGUGUGUGUGUGCGUGCAUGCAAAAUUAGUAAACACAAAGUGGCAGUCACAUCCAACGCCUCUGUGCCUGUGGAAGGCACAAACACAGCACUUCAGUUACCUCCCCUUCCGUUUCUGUGGUGCACAUUGCCGCGAAUACACCUUCACCUAUACACUUUUCGCUCGCCCUCAACGUAAACGGAAAAGGCUAUCAAAAUAAGCCAACGAAGGAGAUUCUACACCUGUAAUGCUUUAAUGCUAAAAUCCAUACUCGGCGCGGAUACGAAUGAUUCUACGGAAGAUUUACCAAGCGGAGGCGGUGGUGGUGCUGAGGAGUUGCUCUUCCGUGAGGGCAGAGCCGGAAAACGGCAGAGGGCUCGAAAAAGUGUCUCCUCAGCGGGUUGUCUGGACGCGCAGCAUAUACGAAACAAUCUGAGAAUGUCCACCUCUAGCUCUAUGCGCAGCACACGUGGUGCCAGCGCCACCUCCACGGCCGCCGUGGCCGCCAGCGCACAGUCGAGCGGCAGCAGCAGUCUCGCCUACGACAGCAGCAGUAAUGGGAGCUGUGGCAGCGGCAAAGUCGUCUCACCCGGCAGCUAUAGCUGCAAUGCGUUAAACGUGGACUUCACCUCAUUUACGGCCACGCAUCAGUGGACUCGCAUGCUGGAGUGUGCGGAGUUCGUUGGCGCCAAACGCAGCAAGCACACAGUGGUCGCUUACAAGGAUGCCAUGUUCGUAUUUGGUGGCGACAAUGGCAAGAAUAUGCUCAACGAUCUAAUUAGGUUUGGCGUCAAGGAUAAGUCUUGGGGAAGAGCGUGUGCCACUGGAACGCCACCGGCACCUCGUUAUCACCACUCGGCUGUCGUCUCGGGCAGCUCAAUGUUUAUUUUUGGCGGCUACACCGGCGACAUACACUCCAAUUCAAAUUUAACAAACAAGAACGAUCUGUUCGAAUAUAAAUUCCUGAGCGCCAUGUGGGUGGAGUGGAGAUUUUCGGGCAGGCAACCCGUGCCACGCUCGGCUCAUGGUGCUGCCGUAUACGACAACAAGAUGUGGAUCUAUGCGGGAUACGAUGGCAAUGCGCGGCUGAAUGAUAUGUGGACACUGAACCUCACCGGUGAGAAUCAUCAGUGGGAAGAGGUGGAACAGCAGGGCGAUCGUCCGCCCACCUGCUGCAACUUUCCUGUUGCCGUUGCACGUGAUGCCAUGUAUGUGUUCUCGGGCCAGAGCGGACUGCAGAUCACCAAUUCGCUAUUUGAAUUUCACUUCAAGACACGCACGUGGCGGCGCAUAUCGAACGAGCCGGUGUUGCGUGGAGCUACUUCAGCACCACCUUCGCGUCGCUAUGGUCAUACAAUGGUGCAUCAUGAUCGUUUCUUGUAUGUGUUUGGCGGCUCUGCGGACUCGACGCUGCCCAAUGACCUGCACUGCUAUGAUUUGGACUCGCAGGUGUGGUCUGUGAUACAGCCUGAGCAGAACUCUGAUGUGCCAUCGGGCCGAGUGUUUCAUGCGUCGGCAGUUAUUGGCGAUGCGAUGUACAUAUUUGGCGGCACUGUCGACAAUAGCGUGCGACGUGGCGAUACCUAUCGCUUCCAGUUCUCCAGCUAUCCAAAGUGCACGCUGCGCGAUGACUUCGGCAAGUUCUUCCACGAGAAGCAGUUCUGCGACAUUCAGUUUGUGGUGGGUGCUGAGGAGGUGCGCAUCCUUGCACACAUUGCCUUUGUGGCGGCUCGCUCCAAGUAUUUACGGAAUAAGAUUCUAGCAGCACGUGAGGCGCGCCAGCAACAAAUGGAAAAGGUCUAUGGGGUGGGUAAGGUGGAUGCGUUGGCGCUGAAUACGGGCGUGGGUGCAGAUCGUGGUCCCAUGUUGGAGGUGCGGCUGGCACACGCUUCUCCCGAGGCCUUUGACAUUAUACUGAACUAUAUUUACACGGAUCGCAUUGAUCUGAAGGACUCGUACAGCAAGAACAUUAUUAUACUAAUUACGGAUAUCUAUCAGCUGGCGGGGCUUUUCAUUAUGCCGCGCCUGGCGCAUGGCUGUAUACAGUACCUCGACUACAAGAUCAACAAAGUUAAUGUCCUGGAGGCACUCUACAAUGCGGAUAAGUUCAACAUCAAAAUUAUCAAGGACCAUUGCAUGCAGUUCAUCAUUAAGGAUGAGAACUACACCGAGGUGGUCAUGUCGACCGAGUUUACUGACCUGGAUAAGCCAUUGUUGGUCGAGAUCAUACGAAAGCGCCUGCAUCCCAGCAAAUUUGUGAUGGAUACCAGCUAUGAGUCGAAUAUAGGAACAACCCUGGAGCAGGAUAUGUUAACUUUUUUGGAAGCAACCGGCAGGGAUUUCUGCGACAUAAGCCUCAUAUUGGAAGACCAUGUGAUAUUGGCACAUAAAUCUGUGUUAUCUGCACGUUGUACCUAUUUCCAGGGCAUGUUUCGUUCCUUCAUGCCUCCGGAUAAUACCGUUAAUAUACAAAUUGGAGAAAUCUCGCCAUCAUUGGAGGCAUUCCAUUCGUUGUUGCGUUACAUUUAUUAUGGGGAGACAAAAAUGCCACCACAGGAUGCGUUGUACCUGUUCCAGGCGCCGUGCUUUUAUGGCUUGGCCAACAAUCGGUUGCAUGCCUUCUGCAAGUAUUCCCUGGAGCAUAACAUUACGUAUGAGAAUGUGCUGCAGACAUUGGAGGCGUCGGACAUUACAAAAAUCUAUGACAUCAAGGAUUAUGCAUUGAAAUUGAUUGUGAAAGAUUUUGCGAAGGUAGCACGCCUGCCCAAAAUCUCUGGUUUGUCGCGCGAACUGUUGCUGGAGAUAAUACGCGCUGUGGCCGAUUCGCAAGGCGAGUUUCUAACGCGCAUCAAUAUCAAUGCCGAUAUCUGAAAACUGGUGCUGCUACAGCCGGCUUUGCAGUUGUUGCUCGCCUGGUUGCAAAUCGGACGUAGCACGUAGAGCAGCAGUAGCGGUUGGUAGCGCCUUAAUCCACAGCAACGAAUAAGCUAACAACAACCACAACAACAACAAGUAGAACGCCACCACAACCACCACCAACAACAACAAUUACUACAAAUUAUCCAAAGAAAUUGCUAGAAAAGUACUCUUCAAUUGGAGCUGGAAAGGCAAAUUUAAAUGUAAACAGAAAUAAAAACAAUGACGGUUUA